AUGGGUAAUAGCCCUUCGAAACCAAAGAAUGGGCUCCCGCUUUCGCGGACCGAUACCGGGAACUCUGUUCGGUCGUCACGCCUGAUUCGGUCCAGGAUCUCUUUGUCCAACCUGACCAAGGAUACGCCUCGCAACUUGAGCAGAAGGGGCCUGUCGCUGUCGCUACCGGCUGCUGCAGGGGACGUUUCCGAUGCUGAGGGCGAGAUUGACGGCGAUGUGGCCGACGCAUCUGGCAUUCAUGCGCUGAUGGUCUCCAUGGAUCCAAAGGAACCAAUUCUUAUCCGCAGAAACACAAACGAGACAGACACAGACACGAGCGCGCGACUCAACAUCUCGCAUGACGCCUCGAAUGAUGCGGAUGACUUCACGUCGCCGCUCUCGCGCUCCUCAACCAAUCAUUCGAACCGGAGCAUCCGCUCAGGAGGCUACUCCACGCCGCUGGCUUCAGACACACUCAAUGGUGCCGACGAUCGUUCUGAUGCCAUUUCGGUGUCGUCGCGUCGCUCGGGCCGCUCCCUUUCCAGCUUUUCGUCGCUGUCAAGACGCAAUCUGUCACGCGCACCCGAAUUGUUCGGCGACCAACCGCAGGCGGCUAACAUUAUCGACAUUGAAAAUUUCAUCCAGAGACUUCUCGACGCGGGCUACUCCGGGAAGCGUACUAAAUUCGUGUGCUUGAAAAACCACGAGAUCCAGCAGGUCUGCGCCAAAGCUCGCGAGUUGUUCUUGCUGCAACCAUCCUUGUUGGAACUCUCACCACCUGUGAAAGUGGUCGGUGACGUUCAUGGUCAGUAUCUCGACCUCAUUCGUAUAUUCACCAAGUGUGGCUUCCCGCCACUGACAAAUUACUUGUUUUUGGGCGACUACGUGGAUAGAGGCAAACAGUCCUUGGAAACCAUCCUCCUUCUUCUCUGCUACAAAAUCAAAUACCCAGAAAACUUCUUCUUACUCCGGGGUAACCACGAAUGUGCUAAUGUGACCCGUGUGUAUGGGUUCUACGACGAGUGUAAGAGAAGAUGUAACAUCAAGACCUGGAAGUUAUUUAUUGACACAUUCAACACGUUGCCCAUCGCGGCCAUAGUCGCCGGCAAGAUUUUCUGCGUGCAUGGCGGACUCUCACCAGUCCUUAACACCAUGGACGAGAUCCGCAAUAUUGCCCGUCCCACAGACGUGCCCGACUUUGGAUUACUUAACGAUUUGCUAUGGUCAGAUCCAGCAGAUACAAUGAAUGAAUGGGAAGACAACGAGCGCGGUGUCUCGUAUGUGUUCUCCAAAGUUGCCAUCAACAAGUUCCUACAGAAAUUUGGCUUUGACUUGGUUUGUCGAGCGCAUAUGGUGGUCGAAGACGGGUAUGAAUUUUUCAAUGACCGAACGUUGGUGACCGUGUUCAGCGCGCCAAAUUACUGUGGAGAAUUCGACAAUUGGGGUGCCGUGAUGAGCGUCUCCGAAGAGUUGCUCUGUUCGUUCGAGCUUCUUGACCCAUUAGACUCUGUCGCUUUGAAACAAGCCAUGAAGAAGGGCAAGCAGGAGCGCAAGAUCGCCCUGGCGCAGCAAAAGUACAACUAG